AAACUAGAACCCUAACCUAAAACCCAAAACCGCAAGCUUCAAGGUCCGACUCCUACUCCAAAACCCAGUGCCUCGUUUACGACCACAACGCAGUUGUUGCACACAGAAUCCGAAAAUGGGAGGUAGAGGAAGAUCUCGCACUCAGAGAAGGCACUUCAAGCAGAGCAGAGAGAACGUUUGGAAGCGCCCCAAGUCCGACCUUUCCUCCUCCGACAACAACAACAACAACAACGAAAAUGACAAGCCCAAUUGGCAGCCCUUCGCCACCCAAAACCUCGCCUUUGAUGAAUACUAUAAGGAGCAAGGGAUAGUGUCCCCAGAAGAGUGGGACUCCUUCAUGGAAGUUCUUCGAAAACCAUUGCCUUCGGCUUUUAGAAUCAAUUCAAGUAGCCAGUUUUGUCCAGACAUCCGAUCACAGUUAGAGAAUGACUUUAUGAAAUCUCUUCAAGCUGAGGUCACUGAUGGCGAAGUGGAGGCAAUUAGACCAUUGCCUUGGUACCCUGAGAAUCUCGCUUGGCAGUCAAAUUUUUCCCGCAUGCAGCUGAGGAAGAACCAAACUCUUGAGAGGUUCCAUGAGUUCUUAAAGCUAGAAAAUGAAAUUGGAAACAUCACAAGACAGGAAGCUGUCAGCAUGGUACCUCCUCUCUUCUUGGAUGUACGUCCAUAUCAUUUUGUACUUGACAUGUGUGCUGCACCAGGGUCAAAAACAUUCCAAUUGCUUGAGAUUAUACACCGAUCAACCAAAGCAGGAUCACUGCCUGAUGGAAUGGUUGUGGCAAAUGAUCUUGAUGUUCAAAGAUGUAAUCUUCUCAUCCACCAAACUAAAAGAAUGUGUACUGCCAACCUGAUAGUCACAAAUCAUGAAGCUCAACAUUUCCCUGGCUGCCGUUUAAACAGAAAUUGCUCUAGUUCUUUUGAAAGAGGAGUAGGAUCUCAGCUGAGCAUUAGUCAACUUAUCUUUGAUCGUGUCUUAUGUGAUGUUCCUUGCAGUGGAGAUGGUACCCUUCGCAAGGCUCCUGAUAUCUGGAGGAAAUGGAGUGCGGGAUUGGGCAAUGGCGUCCAUGGCCUACAAGUUCAGAUAGCUAUGCGAGGUGUAUCUUUGCUUAAAGUUGGUGGGAGAAUGGUAUACUCAACUUGCUCACUGAAUCCAGUAGAGAAUGAAGCUGUUGUUGCUGAGAUUUUGCGGAAGUGUGGAGGUUCUCUUGAACUUGUUGACGUCUCUUGUGAGCUCCCCCAACUUGUUCGCCGGCCAGGUCUUAAAAGUUGGAAGAAUGUCAAUCUCACACAUAAAGUUGAGAGAAAGCGAUGUUUGUUACUUAUAGGAUACUGCUUGAAAAUUAAUAGAUCAUCUGAGCCUAUGAAGAAAUCAAAUUAUAACCUAGUAGAUGAACGUGAUGGUGCAGUACUGUUUUUGACUAUGAUGGUACCUUCUUAUUGGACUUAG